AUGAAGUUCGCUGUUCUUUUCCUCUUGGGUGUCAUCUUCCUAGAUCAGUAUGGCGUUCGAGGAACUCUAGUCAUAAGAAAUCAACGAUGUUCCUGCAUCAGCACCAGCCAAGGCACGAUCCACUACAAAUUCCUCAAAGACCUCAAACAGUUUGCCCCAAGCCCUAAUUGCAACAAAACUGAAAUCAUUGCUACACUGAAGAACGGAGACCAAGCCUGCCUCGACCCAGAUUCAGCAAAGGUGAAGAAGCUGAUGAAAGAAUGGGAGAAAAAGAUCAGCCAAAAGAAAAAGCAGAAGAGGGGGAAAAACCAUCAAAAGAACAAGAAAAACAGAAAGCCUAAAACACCCCAAAGCCCUCGUUCAAAGAAGAAUACAUAAGAGACCUACCACUUUACCAACAAGCACUCUGCGUCUUAAUGGUUUUUAGAUUGUACUGAAAAGCCUUUCCUG